GUGAUAUAUCUUGUCUUGAUCAGCUCGGGCGCAUUGAUCAGCCCCGAGGUUAUCAAGAUAAUCAAACACGAAUCAAGUUGAACGUUGACAGAUGCCAUCCCCACGAAGUCCCUUAGUCAUCCAUGCGUACGCGUUUCCCCGACGACUACCUCAUAUGAAGAUCUUCGUUGGAGAAAGGCAAUACUACAACCUUCGGACUACGCUCCGUGAUCUUGGCUUCCCUCGCGGCACGAAUAUCCAGCAGCCCCGGUUAUCGCCACUAUCUCCGGAUGCUCCAUCGCUUCCUAGGUACACGCUACUACCUCGCGCUCACGCUCAUGCUGGCGAUCGAUUCCCAAAUUCUCGAUCACGAAGAGGAAAUCUCAAACAUCGUCCUCAAGGCUCGAAUGUUUUGUUCUCUGUAUCUUAUUUUUCCUUGAUUGUUUUGCUGUGGGUGAGUGGCGCUCGUCCCAUGAUCAAACAAAAAAACCUGCAUCGUCGCAGGUAUAUUUGCCAUGGCUCCGGCCGCGCCAUGGUACAAGGACACAAAGAGGGCGUUACGCGACAUGUGCUUAGGUCGUCGGAAGGCCGCAUGGAGCGAAACCAAGCGAGGCAAUGGGCGAGGGACGCACCGCAGCUCGACCCCAUGGCUUGAUCCGUUGGGUUCCCUUGACGCAGAGUGAGGUCGUAGGCGUGUGACCUGAGGUAUAGUGCUACGAUCGAAGAAUGGAGGAAUAGGAAAGCGGAGGAGCGUGGUUGCCUAUUACGAAUAAGGAUUCGAUCUAUAAUCGUUCUCUCUUCUCCCAUCAAGGCUCAUCUAUAGGUACACAAAAAUCAACGUACUUU